UCAAAAGCAGUGUUUAUUUUGUUUGUAAUAAAACCAAACAAAAACAAGAACAACAGUAGUAUAAGAAAGAGAGGAGAAAACAUUCAUUCAUAAAUUGAACAACAACGAGGAGAGGAACCGCAUUCCUCGUGAGUUCAUUUACUACUCUGUUUCUUUGUUUGGGUCUGAAUCAGCUACGACGCAGUUCAGAGGUGCAGCAGUGUGGAAUGGCUUCUGACGGAGCAACUUCGGCGGCGAAUUCAAGUCGUCGGAAGCCGUCGUGGAGGGAGAGAGAGAACAACAGGAGGAGAGAGAGACGGAGGAGAGCUAUAGCGGCAAAGAUUUACGCGGGAUUAAGGUCUCAGGGGAAUUAUAAUUUACCAAAACACUGUGAUAACAAUGAGGUCUUGAAAGCUCUUUGUGCUGAAGCUGGUUGGACUGUUGAAGAAGAUGGCACCACUUAUCGCAGGGGAUCAAGGGCAGAAACACCAGGCGAUGGUGCAGGAAAUUUCAACAGAAACAACCCAUUUUCAUCUCAAAAUCUAAGUCCUCUUUCAUCAUCAUUUCCAAGUCCAAUCCCUUCCUACCAAGUUAGCCCCUCUUCCUCUUCAUUCCCGAGCCCGUCUCGUAUGGAUGCAAACAACAAUGCAUCAAAUUACAUUCCAUAUGCUCGCACCAUGUUCCCCAACAUGUCUCUCCCACCUUUGAGAAUAUCAAACAGCGCGCCCGUGACUCCACCUGUCUCAUCACCAACCUCAAGAAAUCCUAAACCCAUGAUUCCAACAUGGGAAUCAAUUGCCAAAGCAUCAGGGACAUCCUUCAAUCACCCUUUCUUUGCAGCUUCUGCGCCUACUAGUCCAUCCCACCGGAACCUUUAUACUCCACCUACUAUUCCUGAAUGUGAUGAGUCUGAUACUUCUACUGUUGAGUCUGGACAGUGGUUGAAUUUCCAAGCCUUUGCAGCUUCUGCUAAAUCAGUCUCUCCUACAUUGAACUUUAUGAAACCUGUAAUUAAUGAGCAGCAUAACAUGCUGCCUCAUAACAGAAUGCAGGAGAUGAGGAUUUCAGAGCCAGAGUUUGGGGUGCAGGUCAAGCCUUGGGUUGGGGAAAGGAUUCAUGAAGUGGGCUUGGAUGAUUUGGAGCUUACUCUUGGAAAUGGAAAGGCACCUAGUUAAUGAAGACUAGUAUAUGGAAUGUACCAAAUGCUAUGAGCAUUUUUAUUUUAUGUUUGAAACUAUAUCCAGAACUCUCAUUUAUUCUCUUAUUUUGACAUAUAUAAAUAUAUAUCUUUCAAUA